AGCCGACAAACGAACAUCGCUUGUUUGCUCGUCAAACUCAUAGAACUGCUGCUAGUCGAAAGAGGUUGAAACUUGCAAAGUAACACACGGGCUGGACCAGCCAAGGAAGGAGCUUUACGGAACGGGUGUCUGAAUUUAGAUAUUAAUCCGGCCAAAUCAACGGAAAAGUGCGUAAUAUCAUUGUUGAUUUGUUCGUCAAAGUACUAUGCAUAGGAAAGGGAUUAGUUUCGAUGAAACAGUAACGUGAUUGUGUGAAUUUCUGUAUAAACAAAGGAGCUCCUACGGUGGAACAAAUUGCGUGUGGUUUCAGCCGUCGAACUCUGUUCGGGGUGGUUCAUCGUAGCCUUCAAUAAAAAAGUUCCAAAGUGCGCGUGUUUAACUGUUUACUAAUCUGUUGUUCUGAUACCCGAAUAUAUUUUGUAAUAUGCUCUAAAUCCACUUGUAAUUUUUGACGAUUUUUUUUCGAAUCGUGGUGCUAGUCGAAAACGACAGGGAAUUAAAAAUACAUAGUAGCACCCUUUGCGCGACAAUCCCUACCAUGCUAUUGUUUUGCUGCCAAAGGAACCGAACAAAAAAUAAGGGGACGUCGAUGGCAGCGACCCUCGCAUAGCGCUGAAGUACAUAGGUGCUUCUCUAUAUGACGGGAAAUAGAAUGGUUCUUCCUGCCGCUGCUGUUGGUGUGAUGUGUGUGAGUGAGUAAGAAGUGAGAGACUGGCAGCAGCGACGAAAAAAGCGCCCCGUAGAAGAGUGGUUACCUAGAAGAGAUCGAGGACAAACGCCACACGCGAGGUGCAGGAGAAUGAAAACAAAACAUCUGCCGUGGAAGCAUAAUUAAACAUUGAAUACAUAUCCAUAUGUGCGUGCUGAAGGCUCCUAGGGAUGUCUGGUGAAAUGAAGACUAGUGGAUACUAGUACGUAAUUCUUUGUUAUAGUAAAUCAAUGUAACUUUACGAAAGGGUGGUUUGAUAAGACUACUUUUUGUGUGCUACUUUAAUUUUUUUUUAAAACCUACAUAGAACAUCUAAAUCUUAGAUGGCGGAGUGAACAUCCCUAGUUCUAUAAUACAUGUGUACUCUUCCUCGCCAUACGGCUGCCGAUAGCACGGGCGGGGUAGAAUCGAGACGCACCGUGCCAUGAAUGAUGAUUGCCGCUGAAGUGGUGGCGCACACGUGAACAAGACGGAAUGCUGCCAAUUGAGUAGAAGAACGAGUGAGAGAGAAAAUGGGAGUAGUAAUAAUUCCCGUAUAGGUUUUCUGUAUUGUACAAUAGUUUUUAAGAAGAGAGUUUGUCGGACCAGCAACGAACCUGAGGAAGAACUACGGAAUAAAGUGCGUAGUUGAAUAAAUUAAGAAGCGGUCCGUGGUUGCAGAUAGCUAAAAGUGUGAUAGCUCUCUGAAGAGGGAGCGGGCAGGAAGUGCCGGGAAGGUCGAAAAUCGAAAAAUAUCCUGCCAGCUGAAAGUUUGUUAUACUCUUGGGAACCUACUCACACGAGUGUUGUGGAUAGGAUCAAUUUUGGUGCACAACGAUGGAUACCUCGGACGAUGAUCUCUCGGACCAUUCGCAAGGGGACAAGUCAACCAAGUCUCGCUGGACUAAGCAUGAGGAUGCCGCCCUCAAGUCACUGGUAGAGCAGCACGGCGAACGAUGGGACGUGAUCGCCAAGUUCCUGAAAGAUCGUACCGAUAUUCAGUGCCAACAGCGCUGGACUAAGGUGGUCAACCCGGACCUCAUCAAGGGACCCUGGACGAAAGAGGAAGAUGACAAAGUAGUCGAACUGGUCACCAAGUACGGUCCUAAGAAAUGGACACUUAUUGCACGCCAUCUCCGCGGCCGUAUCGGGAAGCAGUGUCGCGAGCGGUGGCACAACCAUUUGAAUCCCAACAUCAAAAAAACCGCGUGGACCGACGAAGAGGACAACAUUAUCUACCAGGCACAUCUACAGUGGGGCAAUCAGUGGGCGAAAAUUGCCAAGUUGCUACCGGGUCGAACGGACAAUGCUAUCAAAAAUCACUGGAACUCGACUAUGCGGCGGAAGUACGAAGGCCCGGAUGCGACCCGCCGUAAACCAAAGUCACACAGCCACCAGAACAACUCGGGGUCCGGGCAAAGCGGUCUUAAUGGUGCACAGCAAUCGCAAGAUGGUCAGAACAGUUUACGAAACAUUAUCUGCAAUAACCGGAAGAAGGCAUCGGUGGAGAGCAUGAAUGAAGAUUCCCUUGAUGUAGAGAGUGAACCAGUUGCGGUUUCAACAGAGCAGGGAGAUUUCCUGAUAACGCCGCUACCGAAUGCGACCUGUGAGAAGCAGUUUGUUAUUGCACCGCUUUAUGCAACCGGAAAGACAACAUUCGUUAAUGCCAAAGUAGUUGUGAACAACAAUAAUUUCCUCAGUACCAACACUGGUGCCACAAGCAAUAAUAACAAUAACAAUCACCAACCGUACACACCCACUAGUGUGGAUUUUAGCGAUUUGCUUAGUGGAAGCGAUACGGAUGGAAGAGAUCGUAAGUUCAAAAUAAACACGCCCAGCAUACUGAGGAGGAAACGGAAGUUUAGGGAUGAAAACGAGAUGAAUGACCUUCAGCACCAGAUCUUGCUUGCACAUCAACAGCAACGGCAGUUACAGCUUCUUCAGGUGACAUCGGCUGCUGGUCAAACUAUCGCUGGUACUAGUAGUGCCUCACAUCAUCAGUCGCACCUGCACCACCAGUAUCAUCCGGAUCAGAGCGAAAAACAUCUUCUAUCACCGACUGUCACACCCAUUAAACCUCUACCCUUUUCGCCCAGUCAGUUUUUAAAUUCACCAAGCUUGAAUGUUUCGUUUGAUCAGCUUCCGGCCAGCACACCCGUUAAGAAAGUUAUCGUUAAAACCAACGACACUAGUCUUCUCACAACUCCGAACCCUGUGAAAGAUAGUCAAAGCUCGAAAAGAGAGCCCACGGAAGAGGAUGCUAAAAACCCCAUCAAAACCCCGCUUAAAGACGUAAAAUCAAUGGAACCUCGAACGCCUACGCCGUUCAAAAAUGCGAUGGCAGAGCUGGGAAAACGACGGUCAGAAGUAUACAUUCCACCCAGUCCUGCACGCCUCGGAGAGGACAUCGCAGAAAUCAUGAGCAACGAGCAGGCAAAAGAAAGUACUAACAUGGGUGGGAGGGUUAGCAAAACAGUUACCAAUGGAGACAAUUGCCGUCCACAGAUGAUCGAAACCAAGGAAAAUGCUGUCCCCAUCCAGCAGUCCCCACGGGCAAAGAAAGCAGCCUUCACGCAGAACUGGGAAAAUUCGGAUAUGAGCUUUUUUGCUGAGACGCCGAGCAAAUCGCUCAUAUCGGACUCUGGCGUUAUAUUCUCUCCACCCAGUAUACUCCGCGAGACGCUUAGUGACUCGGACCUGCUGCUAGAUGGAGGCGGUCUUUUGGAACCAGCGAAUGUUCAGAAUGUUCCAGCUAAACCAACAGAAUCGAUCGAGAUCCUGGACCCUAAAUGGGAGAAAUUCGCCUGUGGAAAGACACGUGACCAGCUCUUCAUGACCCAACAAGCCCACAACUGUUUGAAGAAAACGUCACUCCAGCCACGGUCCUUAAAUUUCUACAAAUAGAACCAGCAGACCCCCGCCCCCCCUAGGAUGGAAGCGUGUCCGAGUGUACUCUAGUUUGGAGUGUGUAUGUUUGUGGUGUAAUUGUAACUAAGGUCGUUUCAUGUGUUGUGUUCUAGUGAGCGACAAAAUUAGGAUAAGGAAAAAGUAGUCAGUGAAUACUUUUGAAUGUCAAGUAGACGAUUCAGACUCGAAGAUAGAAAGACAAAAUUUUACUACCGAAUUCAAUAUUUGAACAUAUUUUUAUAUUUAUAGUUUUUGAGGUAUGUCAGUAUGUUUUAGCUUCACCAAGUCAAUAAAAAGAUACCGGCACUUAGUUUAGCAGCAUUAACAAACUAAAAAGCACCAUCUUCCUUAAUUUGCUAACAUGAAACUAAAUUUUUGUUUAGGUUUACGAAUUUUUAACAAUUUAAAAUAAGGCCACUAAUGAGAUAGAUUUUUAGGAAGGCUAGACGACAACCACAAGAUAUGUUUCCAUGUUUUAUAGGACAGGUUUAAUUUGUACCAGUUUGACAAUUUAUCAUUGCAGAAAAGUGACUCAGAAGAAAUUACAAAGCAUAUUUAUUUUAUAUCCGCUUGUGGCAGUUUAAUUGCAUUGUUUUUGAAGUCCGUUUGUACAAAAGUCUAACUAUUAUACAUAUAUAUCAACCCGCUAUUUAUAGAGAUUUAUAAUCAAUAAAUUAUCGCUGUUUUCGAUGUAAAA